AGCAGCGGGGCCCGGCCGCAGCAUGGUGACCCCGUGCCCCGCCAGCCCCGCCGCCGGGGCAGGGAGAGGGGACAAGGGCCGGUACCCGCGCGCCCCGGUGAAGAAGCUCGGGCGCCCUCGGAGGAAGCAGCCGCUGCGCCCGCGCUCACCCCCUGGCGACUCGGGCGUCGGCGACCUGUUCGCGUCCCCCAGCUCCGGCUCGGACGGCGCAGGCAGCCCCGCGGCGCCCCGGGCGCGAGGCCUGGCCCGGCAGCCGGUGCAGCUGGACCUGCGGACCUUCCGCGACUACGGGCAGAGCUGCUACGCCUUCCGCAAGGCGCGCGAGAGUCACUUCCACGCGCGGGAGGCGCUGGCGCGGCAGCCGCAGGUCACGGCGGAGUCGCGCUGCAAGCUGCUCAGCUGGCUGAUCCCCGUGCACCGCCGGUUCGGCCUCUCCUUCGAGUCGCUGUGCCUGGCGGUGAACACCCUGGACCGCUUCCUCGCCACCACGCCGGUGGCCGCCGACUGCUUCCAGCUGCUCGGGGUCACGGCGCUGCUCAUCGCGUGCAAACAGGUGGAGGUGUACCCGCCGCGCGUGGAGCAGCUCCUGGCCCUGUGCGGCGGCGCCUUCUCGCGGCAGCAGCUCUGCAACCUGGAGCGCAUCGUGCUGCACAAGCUGAGCUUCAGCCUGGGCGCGCCCACCCUCAGCUUCUUCCUGGAGCACUUCACGCACGCGCGCGUGGACGCCGGGCAGGCCUCGGUCUCCCACGCGCUGGAGGCGCAGGCGCUGGCGCGCGCCGUGGCCGAGCUGAGCCUGGCCGACUACGCCUUCAGCAGCUACGCCCCUUCCCUGCUCGCCAUCUGCUGCCUGGCGCUGGCCGACGGGCUGCUCGGGCUCCCCUGCCCCAUGGACCUGCGCCUGGGCGGGCACCCCGAGCCCGAGCUGCAGGACUGCCUGGCGCAGCUGCGGCUCCUGGUGGCCAUCAACGGCGCGCCCCUGGCCCACAUGCUGCGCCUCCAGGCCUGGGGCGAGAGCAGCCUGUCCCUGAGCCCCAGCUGAGCUGGGAAUGAGGUCGCCCUUGGCCUCCUGUGCUCUGCUCGGGCGGGCGGCCGCUGCCUCUGCUUUGAGGGUGAGCAUGCAGCGUUGGCCCACGGAGCGUGGGGCUGUAAAUAGUGUAGGAUCGUCAUGGUUGUGUCUGGUUGUUUAUUUAUUUUACUGAGCGCCCGGGAG